AUGUCCGUCACCGUCACCGAGCUUGACGCCACCGUCAAGGCUUUUCAAGAGGGAAAGGGCGAUGUUCAGAAGCAAGCCCAACAGAAGCUCAAUGAGUUUAAAUCCAACCCGGAUGCCUGGUUGAUGGUGGAUAAGAUCCUGCAAGAGGCUCAAUAUGCCCCUACCAAGUAUCUCGGCCUACAAGUGCUUGACGAUGUCGUCAACACCCGAUGGAAGGUCCUACCACGCGACCAGUGCCUAGGCAUCCGCAACUUUGUUGUCAAUCAGAUCCUCGAAGCCUCCCAGACCGAAGAGUCUCUCAAAGCCAACAAGAUGUUCGUCAACAAGCUAGAUCUUACACUCGUCACUAUUCUCAAACAAGAGUGGCCUCACAAUUGGCCAACCUUUAUCAACGAGAUUAUCUCGUCUUGCCACUCCAGCCUGUCAGUGUGUGAGAACAAUAUGGCAAUCUUGCGCUUGCUGUCAGAAGAGGUCUUUGACUUCUCUCAAGACCAGAUGACCUCCACCAAAGCCAAAAAUCUCAAGACCACAAUGUGCAACGAAUUCUCUUCCAUUUUCCAGUUGUGCAAUGAGGUUCUCACUACUGCCAACAGUGUGCCCUUAGUCAAAGCUACCUUGGAGACCCUGUUACGGUUUUUGAAUUGGAUCCCUCUCGGGUUCAUCUUCGAGACUAAGCUCAUCGACACACUCGUGAGCCGAUUCCUUGAGGUUGACCACUUUCGGAAUAUUAGUCUGAAGUGCCUGACGGAGAUUGGUGGCCUUCAGAUGAGUCAGCAGUUCCAGUAUGACGAGAAACUGACACAAAUGUUCACCGAGACAUUGACAGUCGUGGCGCGGACUCUGCCUGUUGAGACUGAUAUUCGUGAAGCCUACGCGAAAAGCGGCGCUCGCGACCAGGAGUACAUCCUCAAUCUGGCCCUGUUCCUAUGCAACUACUUCUCCACUCAUCUACAGACCGUCGAGCGUUUACCUAACAACGAUUUCCUCCUUCACGGCCACUUUUACCUCAUCAAGAUUAGCAUGAUCGACGACCGAGAAAUUUUCAAGAUUUGCCUGGAGUACUGGACUAAGCUUGUGCAAGAGCUCUAUGAGGAGAUGCAACAGCUGCCAAUGACCGAGCUCAACCCUCUCGUCAACAUGGGAGUGAGUGGUCUAGCAAAUGGCGGCGCUCCCCAUCCAGGCGCGCUGGCUAAUUAUCCCCUACGGAAGCACAAAUAUGCUCAGAUCCUUUCAAACCUGCGGCAGGUCAUGGUCGAAAAAAUGGUUCGCCCAGAGGAAGUUCUGAUCGUGGAGAAUGACGAGGGUGAGAUCGUUCGCGAGUUCGUCAAGGAGAGUGACACAAUCCAGCUCUACAAGACAACCCGCGAGUGUCUCGUCUACCUCACCCAUUUAGACGUGGUCGACACUGAGGCUAUCAUGUCUGACAAACUCUCAAAACAGGUUGAUGGUACUGAGUGGUCAUGGAACAACUGCAACACUCUCUGUUGGGCUAUUGGCUCGAUAUCAGGCGCCAUGAACGAGGAGACCGAAAAGCGAUUCCUGGUCACCGUUAUCAAGGAUCUCCUGGGGCUUACUGAGAUGAAGAGAGGGAAAGACAACAAGGCCGUGGUCGCGAGUAAUAUCAUGUAUAUUGUCGGCCAGUAUCCUCGUUUCCUCAAAGCUCAUUGGAAGUUCUUGAAGACUGUCGUCAACAAGCUUUUCGAGUUCAUGCACGAGACGCAUGAGGGUGUGCAAGAUAUGGCUUGCGAUACCUUCAUCAAAAUCGCCAACAAAUGCAAGCGUCACUUUGUUGCUCUGCAGCCAGGCGAGACGGAACCAUUCAUUGAUGAGAUUGUGCGUAACAUGCGGAAGAUCACCUGCGAUCUGACUCCUCAGCAAGUUCACACCUUCUACGAAGCUUGCGGAUACAUGAUCUCGGCCCAGGGUCAGAAAGGUGUUCAAGAUCGUCUGAUUGAGAAUCUCAUGUCCUUGCCAAAUCAAGCAUGGGACAGUGUCAUCUCUCAAGCAAACCAGGACCCCGCAAUUCUCCAGGACGCCGACACCAUCAAGGUCAUUGGCAACAUUAUGAAGACAAACGUCGCAGCUUGUACGUCAAUUGGCAGCUAUUUCUACACUCAAAUCGGUCGCAUCUACCACGACAUGCUCAAUAUGUACCGCGCGUCCUCUCAGCUUAUUUCGGACGCCGUUCAGGCUCAAGGCAACGUUGCAACCAAGACGCCCAAGGUUCGUGGUCUGAAGACGAUCAAGAAAGAAAUUCUCAAGCUUGUGGACAUCUAUGUCCAGAAAGCGGAUGAUCUUCAGAUGGUAAACGACAAUAUGGUUCCCCCUCUGCUCGACGCCAUUCUUCUCGAUUACCAACGUAAUGUUGCCGAUGCUCGCGAUGCCGAAGUCCUCAGUGUCACUACGACUAUCAUCCACAAGCUUCAUAACCUUAUGGAUGACAAGAUCUCGCCGAUCAUGGAUGCUGUCUUCGAAUGUACUCUCGACAUGAUCAACAAAGAUUUCCACGAAUAUCCCGAGUUUCGCGUUGAGUUCUUCAAGCUCCUACAGGCUAUCAAUCUCUUCUGCUUCCCAGCUCUUCUCAAGCUGGAUGGUCGUCAAUUCAAGCUUCUUAUCGACUCAUGCAUGUGGGCAUCAAAGCAUGACAACCGCGAAGUCGAAAACACCGGCUUGGCGAUGUGUUUGGAGUUGGUCAACAACAUGGCUGAAACUGAUUCGCAGACUUCUGGCAUGUUCUUCGGACAGUUCUACAUUCCCAUCCUUCAGGAUGUUUUCUUCGUCCUCACAGAUUCCGACCACAAGGCCGGAUUCAAGACCCAGUGUAUGCUGCUAAGCCGCAUGUUCCAACUUGUGGAGACCAACAAGAUCUCCCAGCCAGUCUAUUCUGGCUCUGAAGUUGCACCCGGUACUUCCAACAAAGAGUACAUCAGCCAGUUUACCGCUACCCUGCUCCACAACGCGUUCUCCAAUCUCAAAGAAAUUCAGAUUACACACUUCGUUACCGGCCUCUUCCAGCUGACGGAGGACCCAAACAAGUUCAAGACACAUGUGCGAGACUUCUUGAUCUCGCUCAAGGAGUUCGCUGAUGACCACACGGAGCUCUAUGCCGAAGAACGCGAAAAGGAGAAAGCCGACCUCGCUGCGACGGAGCGCGAGCGACAAAUGAAGGUCGGUGGCCUCAUCAAGCCAUCCGAGCUUGAGGAUGAGGAUCUGUGA